AUGCCAUCCCCCACGAACGUCGUCGACAAAUCCAUGACCGGCAUGGACAAUGUCGCCUACGUCGAAGCCAUUACCGAGCGCCAAAACAUUGCCGUUGGAUUUGCCCUCAACGAAGCUGCCUCCAAGAAGACGACGGACAAUGGACCCGUCAAUCAAGUUGCCGACGACCAUACUUCCCCGUACAAUUCAACCACCGAAGAUGACUUCGACAAUUCCUUUAUCGGAGACGGCGACACCACCUUGAUGGAGGAGGAAGAAAUGACGUCAACGGAUAUUUCCGCUGCUACCCUGGGGAAGAAACUCGACGAGGAUUUUAGCCGCGAAGAAUUUCACAUGUCUGCCGGCCUGACUUUGAUUGCUAGGGAAUCUAUGCCCCGUGGUAGAACCAUCGCGUAUGGGAUCGUUGACCUCGAGAAUCUUCCGAGCCCCAGGUGUGGUAAAUCAAUCCUUCGAAACCCUUCUUGGAUCCUCCGAGGAGAUGACCUGGCCCCUUCCUCGACAAACACAUCCGUCUCAAACCCCUCUAGCGCUCGCUCGACUAGCAGCGGUAUGCCCUCCAAGGAGCGAAAGCGAGUCUCCUUCAACGAAUCUGCAACCAUCUUUCACAUUGACCGCAAGGACGUAACGGACGUUGAACAGUUGCCGGUGGACCAGUUGGGUGUCCUUAGUGGACAUUUUCUGAAACACAAGUGCGUCGAACUGCCUGAAGACAUGCGGGAGCGGGUCAAGCGUGCUAGGGAACGUUCACCACAUCCUGUUCUGCGAGCGCAGAGCUUGCGCGAGGGAUCACCUCCUUCACACGAUGAACCACGAUCUCCAACCUCAGCGGCCAUGGCGCGUCAAGAGAUGCGAUUGGAUGUAGGACCUGUUGAGACGUCGCGCAAGCGCCGUAGGAUGCGGUCAUCAACGGAGAUCUUCCUAGAUCCCGAGUCAACUACUGACGAAGUUGCGCGAGAUGCCUUAACACCCACACCAUCUCCCCUUGGAUCUCCGAACCAGGACUAUUUUGCAGAGGCGCCGUGCGCAGGCCGCCCAAAAGGCCUGCCGAGCGAUAUUCGGAAGAUGAUGGUCCCUAAGCUCCAGCGGCCUCGUCCGUCUAGGCGGAUGGGAGAACCCAAGAAGCGUCGCGCACCGAUUCGCCCAUUUAUCUCGACAGUUCCCGUCAAAUCUCCACGCGAGGAAUACCAAUUCCUUCCACCUUUGGACGCGAAGUCGACGGGAGACCCCACAAAACCUCCUAUUGUCAACUCUGGGUUCGACACUUUCAAGGUGGUUGCACAUCCGGACGAGAUUCGCGGGCGCAGCGGCCAUAUGGUCAGCCGGAAGGAUGCCGAGAAGCUUAUGAUGGAAGUCGUGCGACGUCGCAAAGACCAUCCCAAGCGAGGCUCGGUGGACGAGCGCGUCAUUGGAAAGCGGAAUGAGCACAAAGAGAAGAAAUACCGGCUGAAGCUCAAGAAUCUCAACAGCGCGUCUCCAACCCUAGAGUGCGUCCCCCGCCCGCUCGGCCUAGGACCAGAUGGCAACCCUGUUGCUCCACCUUCGCUACACAAUGCGAUAAAAGACCUUCACCGCACGCAGAAGAUGUACGAAGAAGCCCUAAAGAUGCUGGACAUUGCGAGAGAUAUGAAGAAGAAUGCGACGAGGAGGGCGCUCGAUGAACUGAAAGAUGCGCACGAGACGUACGGUGAGCCACAAGAUGGCUUCUACUAUCCUGUCGAAGAGUAG